UCAUUUCCACACAAAAAUACAUCCCAAGAAACAAAAGCUCAACAUUCAAUAUAAUGAAGCCUUCCUUGUUUUCCCUCUUGGUUCUCUUUUCCUUCUUCACUUCUUUAACCACAGCCAAGUUUCUCCUUGACAGUCAGGGCGAACCCAUUGUGAAUGGUGCCUCAUACUACAUCACUGGACCUAUCUGGCCAGGACCUGGUGGCUUGGAUCUCGCCAAGACUGGAAAUGAAACUUGCCCUUUUAGUAUUGUGCAACACCCAACUAGCAUUUUUCCUGACUACGGCUUGCCUUGGACUGUUACGUCCUCAUUAAAAAUUAGAUACAUCAAACCAAAUACUAAUGUGGACUUCUUCUCUGUUGAGGGAAAAGUACCAUCCUGUGUUCCUGUGCCAUCCAAGUGGACUAUUGUUGAAGAAGAUGGGGUGAAGUCCGUGAAAAUCAGUGGUUGGUACAAGAAAACUCUGCGAGAGAUCUUGGGAUUGCCAGAGGCAAUGAUGGAAACUCGCUUUUGGUUAUCACUGAUGAUUAUCCUCUUAUUGUUGUGUUCAUCAAAGCAGAAUCAUCUGAUGCACGUAGAGCCUCUAUUAUGUGAAGUGUCAUCGACUAUGAAUAAGUGAUGUGCAGGAUUAAGCUUUGCAAGUUCCUUGCACUUUGUGAUAAUUAAAUAAAAUUGCACUUCAAGUGGCUCUUCAAG